GUUUAAACUGAAUUUUAAUCCAAUUAGAGGAGACCACGACCCUAAAGAUGUUCGAGACUAAAGGGAUCGUCUACAUUUUUCUGGAUGUUCUUUGUGUUAUUCUUGCUGGACUUCCAUUUGCGAUCCUAAACCUCCAACACAACCCGUUCAAACGAGGAUUCUUCUGCGAUGAUGAGACCAUCAUGUACCCUUACAACAAAGACACAAUAUCUUACCAGCUGCUCAUGGGAAUAAUAAUUCCCUUCGCCUUGAUUGUUAUUGUUGGUGUAGAGUUCCUCUCCAUAUAUAUCAGAUCCAGAUCCACUUUCGUCAACCACUACAUCGGACCCGUCUAUAAAGCCGUCGGUUCAUUUGUAUUCGGAGCGGCUGUGAGUCAGUCCAUGACCGACAUCGCCAAGUACACCAUCGGCCGACUGAGGCCGCACUUCCUGACUGUAUGCAAACCCAACUUGAGCCUCGAGGAUUGUAAAGCUGGUUACAUGGAGAAUUUCUCAUGCACAGGAGAUAAGACGGUGGUCAAUGAAGGCAGGCUUUCAUUUUAUUCUGGACAUUCCUCCUUCUCUAUGUACUGUAUGCUGUUCCUCGCACUGUAUUUACAAUCAAGAAUGAAGGCAGAAUGGGCGCGGCUGCUUCGUCCGACCAUCCAGUUCUUCAUGAUCGCGGCAUCCGUGUACGUGGGUCUGUCACGGGUCUCUGACUAUAAACAUCACUGGAGUGACGUUCUUACUGGGCUUAUACAGGGAGCCAUUGUAGCUGUAUUCACUGUGUUUUGCGUGUCGGAUUUCUUCAAGGAUCAGCCUAAAGGAGACAAGGUGGAGAUCUCACACACAACCUUGCAGGAGACGGCGAAUGAUAUAGCUCACUACGGAACUGCGGAAUGAGGUUCAGGGAGCGGUCAGGGAGCGGUCAGAGAGCAUGAAAUUAUUGAACCACUUCCAUUAGAGAAGGACGCUUGACGAACAAAAUAGCUGCAUCUGAUAAUGUAAGGAUUGCAACCGUAACUCUCAUUAGCCGCCCUCAGCAAACUACUUCAGCUUCUUUCGUGUAUGCUUCAGUCCUCGCUCUACUUAAAUUGAACAAAUGUAAGGCUAAACAUUCGCUGCUAACAGUAAUGUCUGUUGUACACAGCUCCAAGGUCCUUUCUGUUAUAAUGUUUAACUAGUCCUGUGUGUUUUUUUCUGCCACACCUCCUGUGCCAUCAGGUAAAUUGGCCACAUGAAAUUGCUGCUAGGUGUAACUGAGUGUAAACAAAUGAGGCUGUAAAUUCUUGUGAUGGACUGACUGGCUUCCUUGCACACAGUAAUUUACAAAUUGACUCUGGCUUCAUUGCAACCCUGUUUAGAAAAAAGAGGCGACUACAGACAGACAAAUAAAUGAAUGAAUGAAUAAUGAACGUAGCCACGGACUGUUCUAGUUAUAAAGGAACUCUGUAAAGAAUGAGCAUAGUAGGCAAACUUGAUUUAUUCCUUUUUUCAGAAGAAAAGCUAAAAGCUGCUUCUGAACAUUAUGCAAUAGUGUAGAUCGGGGAGCCCAAAACAUCGAUCACACAGUGCAUGCUGGUAGAUCGCGCCUCAUUCAAACAGGCCGUGAUUGACAUGAAAUGUGGCCACUGUUUCUUUAAUUUGCGGUUUGUUACUAUAGCUACACCUCAGCCCACCUGAAGCACCGCAAAUCUAGAAAGUUUUCAUUCAUCAGUAGCCAGUUUGUGCCAUUUUUGCACUCUUCAUGAAGUUGAGUGCGCAACCGAUCACAAAGAAACCAAAAACGGUUCGAUUCGGGUGCUGUUUCAUCCAUACGUGGAAGAAGCUGAUGGAGAAAUUUUAACCCUCAAUCUGGCAUUCAUAAGUCAAGCGCCUCUGCUGGACAAUUUUGCAACUUGCUGGCUGAGGAAAAAUAUCCAAACAUAAGAAAACGUGCCACAUAUUUGACAGCAUUUUUUGGAUCGACCUACUUGUGUGAAUCAGCCUUUUUCAACAUGAAAAUAAUGAGUGUAAAUAUGGGUCCACUGUUACUGAUGAACACUUGGAAGCUGCUUGAGAAUCAGUAUCAGCAGCUCCUGUCCAGAUACAUAAACCUGACCGACACCAUUCAGUGUGAUUUUUUAGUCACUUGCCCUGUAAAGCUGAAUAUCAGUAUGGGAACUGAAAAAAGCGUCAAAGCUACAAAUGAUGAGGCUAACCUUUUUAAAAAGUAGAUCACGAUGACCUGUCGACUGAAUAUAUUAGAUCUCAAGCCACGAAAGUAUGGGCACCCCUGGUUUAAAUAAUGGUUCCAUUGACGGUGCAGGGUGAAGGGUAAAAUUUGGCUGUAGUGAUUUGUCUUUGCAACCGUAUCAUAAAAAACUGGCCAUAUAGCAGGAGAGUUUGCCAUGUUUUCAUAUGUUAGACACAAUGAGUUGUUUCUGAGGUAGGGGAGGAUAGAUGAGGAAUCUCUCCUACUGUGUGGUUGAGGAGCCAACAUGAGCGCUAGAAAUACAUUGAGCAUACCCGCUUCCUAUAAUCAUUUUAAAAGACAUUGAGCAUAAAUUUGCCGCCCGUCAGUGAAACGAUGCUGUCAGCUUUAGCGCAAUUCCAUUUAAUUGUACGUUAAUACUCGAUUAACCUCUAUGAUGUACCACACAGAUAUGCUCAUGAGCCAAAUGAAUUUGACACGUAUACAAUAAGCAUCAUUAGCUUUAUCUAGUUAGUAUUUUUAUCUAGCAAAGGAGAAUUAUUAGUGGUUAAGACUCCAGUUUACAUUAUUUUAAGAUGUCAGCUCCGGAGAUGUGCAUCCCACAUUCUUGCCACCAAAGAAUAUCAUUUAUUGACGUUAUUAAUUGUACACACCUACAGCUUGAUGUGUUAGCAGUGGGUGUGAUUGAAAGACAUGAACUGUCGCCGUUGGGGCCUUGAGCAAGGUCCUUAAACCUCUGUGUACUGUCACAGUAUUGUAACUCGCUUUGGAUAAAUGAUCACUUGUUCACUUACUGUUGGCCACAUUGAGUGAAUAUACAGUGAAAAGGCUAAAAGUCUGAGAGCACUAGGGUGAAACUGCUUCUGUUUUAUAUUCACCCCUGAGUUUAAUGCAAUGUUUUUGAUUACAAAUUAUAUAAUUAGCAAAACAAUUAAAAUAAAAGUAAAAAAUUAAGUGAAGAACUAAGAAAAGUUAAGAAUUUCAGAAUUUUGUUUGGAGGUAUUUGGUUUGGCCAUUUUUAUAUAUAUUUUUUCUAUUUUAUUUCUGCAUUUUCUCCCAAUUUAGUGUAGUCAAUUUGUCUUCCACUGCUGGGGGAUCCCUGAUUGCAGUUGAGGAGGGUAUAUUGCUGUUCAUGCCUCCUCCGACCCACUUUCAGCCCUUAGCGGAACCCUUUUUCACCUAUGCAUUCUGUACAGGCACCUCUCUAUCUGCUAAUUAUGGUUUUUACACAGCGUUUGAAGACCCCACUCACAUAGUCCGGUCAUCCCGCCCUAGCAGAAACGUGUCUGCUGCAGGCACUGCCAGUUAUGCUCGCUAGAUGGCGCCCAGCUGCCCGGGUUUCAAACCGAGGAGUUCAGAAUCUCGGCGCUGGUGUGCUCCUUUUAUAGUUUAUGAACUUCUGUUAAGUAGAUCAGAUUCUCUUUUAGGUUAUUUCUUGGAAGUGACUAAGUGAAAAUCUGAACUUUUGUACAAAAGAAUUGGCACAGUCAGUUUACAGAUGUCUUCAUUCUCCUUUCAGUUGUGCCAAGUAUGAAGAAAUUGUAAAAUGUUUGUUCUAGAAACUCAGAGGAAACACAGUUUUACUCAAACUGUUAUGCUGAUAUUCUCAUUUAUACUUUCUAUUUAAGAAGAAUACACCGACGAGGCAUAACAUUAUGACCACUGACAAGUGAAGUGAACAACACUGAUUAUCUCUUCAUCACGGCACCUGUUAGUGGGGGGGAUAUAUUAGGGAGCAAGUGAACAUUUCAUCCUCAAAGUUGAUGUUAGAAGCAGGAAAAAUGGUGAUGGCUAGACGACUGGGUCAGAGCAUCUCCAAAACUGCAGCUCUUGUGGGGUGUGUCCCGGUCUGCAGUGGUCAGUACCUAUCGAAAGUGGUCCAAAGAAAGAACAGUGGUAAACCGGCGACAGGGUCAUGGGUAGCCAAGGCUCAUCGAUGCACUUGGGGAGCUACUGUAGCUCAGAUUGCUGAAGAAGUUAAUGCUUGUUCUAAUAGAAAGGUGUCGGACUCCAUCCCUAGACGGGUCAGGGCUGUUUUGGCAGCAAAAGGGGGGCCAACACAACAUUAGAAUGUGGUCAUAAUGUUAUGCCUGAUCGGUGUAUAUUUAAAAAAGCUUCGUUUACAUGUUUAGAUUUAUUGCUGCUGAGCUUAACUCUUUCGUAUCAGGUUUUUAAAGGCUGUUGAUCAGUUAUGUUAGUAAAUGCUGAAUAUGGGUGAAUAGAUAAGUGCACUAAAUAUUGCAUUUAUUUUGUGUAUAUUUAUAUGUACGAUGCUUUUUAAAAGUAAUGAAAACAAUGACUUGUCUGUAACUUUAGACGUGCAGAUGUAAGAAAUGUUUACGAUCUCUUCGGAAUUAAACACAUUCGAGCAAAAAUUCAUCAUAAAUGCGGAUCAUGUAUGUAUUAAUAAGACUAACAUAUUUUGCCUAAACUAAAUAAAUAUUGAGAAGUACUGACA